AUGGGAAGAGGCAAUAAAAUACGACUAAUAGAGGGUCCUUACAGCAUCAUAGAGGACUUCUUAGAGACUCUUCUAGAGUAUACAAAGGCCUUACAUAUCCUACCACCCAAUAUCAAGCUCAAUGAUCAUCAGUUGGAGCACAUCCGGACGCAAUAUUACCCCUCGCAAGCUCGAGAGGCUCUCAGUGUGAUAAGGGAUCUAUCAACUGAAUCUGAUGCCAACGAUAGGCUCAAACGUUGGGCCAUUGGAGUAGCCCAGUUGCUGUGCGGAAGCGGCGCGGACACGCCAGUUACGGUCGAGCAACAACUCCUCAUCACUGAGCUGCUCAUCGAAGUAGCAGGAGAUGCUGCUGUUGUACAAGACGUCCUCAUCAACGCCGUUAUUGACGUUCUCAGGAUGCAUACUGCCAUCGACUCGGAGCUCGGUGGACAACUCGCUACCGGUCAGACCUUCCUGGAGAAUUUUGACUUCCGUGAUUGCAUUGAACAUCUUUAA